AGGGCCGCCGAAGGCGAGGAGCGCGGCUCAGGACAGGCCAACAAGUUCCAGCGAAUCCUUCGUUCGGUGAUGAAGGAGGGCGGCGACGACAGCAUGUUCUACGAGAACAAGGAGGACACGCGUCACACAGCCUCGAAGUUCAUGCGCUUGGAGUAUUUCGGCGGUAAGCUCAAGAAUAAGGAGCGAAAGGCGCAGGGGCGCAGCAAGGACGACUCCUCUGGUGGCGAGGACACGGACGAUGAGGAGGGCCAAGGCGGUAGUGCGAAACGCCGAAAGGUGAGUGCUGGAACAGGUAGUUCGAAGCGCAAAAUCCUGCGUCAGCUCGAUGUCGUCUCCGACAGCAGCAGUGCUUCUGAAUCCGGAUCUGAGGACUCGCCUACCAGCAGAAAACCGGUCUCAGCACAGGACCUGGAACUGGAUCCACUGAAGGGGCUGCAGAGCGCAGUAAAAGCCAACGCGUCGGAAGAGGAGGAAAAGAAGCGGCUGAUCUGGAAGAGCAACAAGGAAUUGGAAGUCAAUCUCGGUGCCUGGUACACGGGGGCUUCCAUCCUCUCCGGAGGAAGCAACAUCGGCGCUCGCGUCUUCCUGGAACAAAAGGAGGGGGAAAUCAUCAAGAAGGAUCUCAAGAAUCUGAAAAAAUCAGCGAUUUCGGACUUGACGAAGAGCGCUGGAGCACUGGAGCGACCAGAAAGCCACAAAAAGAUGAAAUCAGCCUCGACGCCUGGUCCGGUGAAUAGCGCUGGUACAACGACGGCUGCUUCAUCUUCCUCCGCUCUGGCCGUGUCGGGACCCUCAGGUGCGAAGGACGGCGCCACCGAUGGAGAUAAUCUUCAGGUGAAAACAGCGAGUGCUAGUGGCGACCCACAAGGGGACGUUGCUGAAGGAGAGACUACACAGCAGGAAGCAGCUGGUCCGAAGUUACCAUCUAGCAGUACAGCCUGGAUCAUGACAACGGGACAGCUGCUCAAGCAUGUGGAGACGAAGGACGAAUCCGCGAAAGUUGGUGGCACCAGCUGGAAAGCGUCUAAAGAGUACCGGUUGCGCCGCUGGAUCAAGCAGUACUGGCGAGUGUGGGCAGAGAAUUUGCUUGCGCGCUCAUUCGAGGAGAAGAACAGCAAGGAAGGCAAGCUGCAGACGGCGAUUUUCGAGCAAAGUCGACAAGAUAUUCAACCUCUGCUGCGAAAGCUGAAGGAGGUCGGAAACUACAAGGCGCACGUGGCGGAGCGUCAACGCGAGGCUGAAAUGAACGCGAUCGCUGCACGCGACGGACAGGCUGCGACACCUGGUGUGCUAGAACAACCACCUCUCGUCGCACCACCAACGCCACCAAAAGAUGACGAUGAAGAAGAUGCCGAAAAUCAGGACCACGAGGAUGCGGAAGAAGGUUCAGAGGAAGAUGGCGAAAUUGUUUUUCUUGGCGGUUCUAGUGCACCAGAACAGGGUCCCCAAACCGAGGCCGAAAGCGCACAGACCACGAAUUCGACAUCUACAACUGGGGAGAUACAGCCAGCGGGAGCAGGAGCGUCUUCGGGCACCUCUGCGACGAGUACUGGUGCUGUCACAACUGGCACUAAAGAUCAGUACCUUUCGACCUCGACGAAAUACGCGAAGAUGGCUAAGGAGUCAGACGCGGUUUCUAAAGUCAAUAAGAAUGAUCAGGAGACGGUGGACAUGCUCUUCAGCAUGACGACGCUGUGUGACAAGAAGCUCUACCGAGAGGCCACCGCAAAGUAUUGCGAUUUGAUCAUUGGGCAGAACGCGUGGGGCAUUCAGGGUCGAACGAGGAUUUACAAGCGGCCGCGUGGAGCCACCUGGCAACGAGUGGAGAUGUGGAGUGCCCAUAAGGUGGAUAAUGAUGUGCGUAUGCACUUAAACGACGAAACGACUCGACGCUAUCUCCAGGUGUUCAAAAGGCUCAUGCGGGUUUGCGAGACCGUCCACCCACCCGAACACGCAAGUAUGUCCUUAGCGUAGAGGGGUAUCGAUUGAAGUACUGACUAUGUGGUAUCUAUACUUAUUCCUCGCCCAUUUUGUGUCGACAGAAACGACCCUUGUUCACCCAUCAGAGCAUUCGGGGGUUGCGUUUGCGAUACAUACUUAUACACUCUGAUCAAACGUUCCCUACUCCCCCGCAAUUUACCUCGAGAGCAUGUUUGCUAUUCAUCACAAAACCACAAAAUCUAGAUCUUGAAACAUACAAGUAGCAGCGACACGUUGUACCUUUUAGCACCCCGCCUCCUUUGAAUGCUUGUUGUUUCUGUAUUUUCUAAGACCU